AUGGCUGGCCAACUCACAUAUAGCGAACUGGCUCGCAAGCAGUUCACUGUUCAGAAGUUCUUCUAUCAUAUUCUGUUUUGGACUUUUCACUUUGGACUUUUUGCUUAUGGAUGGUGGAAACAAGCCGAGGAUCCUAGAUUAGCAGGCCUGAAUACGCUCAAGUUCUCCGUGUGGAUUUCCCGAGGUGCCGGUCUGGUUCUCAGCGUCGACUGCAUGCUGAUCUUGCUUCCCGUCUGCCGAACCAUUAUGCGCUGGAUCCGACCCAAGAUUCGCUUCCUCCCGCUCGAUGAGAACUUGUGGAUGCAUCGCCAACUUGCGUACGCAAUGCUCUUUUUCGCCAUCCUCCACACCUCAGCUCACUAUGUCAACUUCUACAACGUUGAGAAGAGACAGAUCCGUCCGGUCACUGCUCUGCAGAUCCACUACGCUCAGCCUGGUGGCAUUACUGGCCAUGUCAUGCUCUUCUGCAUGAUGCUCAUGUAUACCACUGCUCAUUCCCGUAUACGUCAACAGUCUUUCGAGACCUUCUGGUAUACUCACCACCUGUUCAUUCCUUUCUUCUUGGCUCUCUACACACACACCGUCGGCUGCUUCGUUCGCGACUCUGUUGACGGAUUUUCACCUUUUGAGGGAGAGCAGUACUGGUCGCACUGCAUCGGUUAUCUCGGAUGGCGAUGGGAGCUCUUCACUGGAGGUUUCUACCUGAUUGAGCGUCUGUACCGUGAGGUUCGUGCUCGCCGCGAGACCAAGAUUACUCGUGUUAUCCGACACCCGUACGACGUUGUCGAGAUCCAGUUCAACAAGCCUUCCUUCAAGUACAAGGCUGGCCAGUGGCUCUUCCUCCAGGUGCCUUCCAUCUCCAAGUACCAGUGGCAUCCCUUUACCAUCACCUCAUGCCCAUUUGAUCCUUAUGUCUCAGUCCAUGUUCGACAAGUCGGUGACUUCACUGGUCAGCUGGGAGAUGCCCUUGGUGCUGGUGCUGCUCAGGCCAAGUUUUACGACGGCGUCGACCCUAUGGGUAUGUACGAGGUCGCUCUGCAGAAUGGUCAGCAGAUGCCUGCCCUUCGCAUUGACGGACCCUACGGAGCUCCCGCCGAAGACGUCUUUGAGAAUGAAAUCGCUGUUCUGAUCGGUACUGGUAUUGGUGUCACCCCCUGGGCUUCUAUCCUGAAGAACAUCUGGCAUCUCCGAAACUCUCCCAACCCUCCCACUCGUCUUCGCCGUGUGGAGUUCAUCUGGGUUUGCAAGGAUACCGGUUCCUUUGAGUGGUUCCAGACCCUGCUCUCCUCUCUCGAAGAGCAAUCUAAUGAAGCGGCUCGCAUCCCUGGAAGCUCCGGUGUUGAGUUCCUCAAGAUCCACACUUACCUCACCCAGCGACUGGACAUGGAUACCACCCAGAACAUUGUUCUGAACAGUGUGGGUGCUGAAAUGGAUCCCCUUACUGAGCUCAAGUCCCGAACACAAUUCGGCCGACCCAACUUUGCUCGCCUCUUCAGAACUAUGCGAGACGGUAUCCUUGACAGAACGUAUCUUGGCGGUCUGGAAGGAAGCAUGAAGACGACCGUUGGUGUUUACUUCUGUGGUCCCUCUGUUGCAGCUCGUGAUAUCAAGACUGCCUGCAAAGCUGCCACAGCGCGCGAGGUCGAGUUCCGCUUCUGGAAAGAGCAUUUCUAA